GACCUUUUUUUGUCAUCAUGCCUCCAAAACGAAACGUCGAAGACGAAAGUGAGGGCGCUCCACGGCGAUCCAAACGCCUGCAACUUGCCAGAGACGACUCGGUCCUCGCAGCGGGCGCCAGUAAUCUUAGACUCAGUUCCGGUUCUUAA